GGCACUGUGAUUAGACAAUGGAUUUAAGUUAUACUUCUACCACUGGUUUUUGCCAGUUCAUUGAGUAUGCUUUCCUGCAUCCAGGGUUACUCCGCCACUGCGCAAUUAUAGUCCAGUCACGCUUUUGGUUAAGCUCUUUAGUUGACUCAUUUAUCGGACAUUGUUUCUCGUGUUUUGGAUCCUGCCUUCUUGGGCUGUGUUGUCGUGCACAACUUUCGUUUAUAAUAAAACCCACUGAACAUCAUGUCCUCGUCUGGGAGUCUGCCCAUGCACCGUUGGUUCGUGACAGAACGAACAGACCAGAACAGGACCCAGCAGGGAAGACGCAGUGUCGCCGGGCACAUCAAUGGGGAAGCUGCCUGCUUGAGGAUCAACCAUCUCCUAUCCGGAACCCGUUUGGCCAUCUAUCUGGGCUCUCAACAUGGUGGACGGAGGAGAUGCCCAAGCAGGGUACCGCCUGGCGUCUCCUGCAGCGCGGCAAGCAAGACAACCAAGCCACAGCAGACCUCUCCCAGCAUUUCGCUGCCAACCAAGAAACAGCGGCAGCCAUCUUCUCGUCAUCCGCCCCACGUUCCUGCCAAGGCGGCGAAGGCUCGUCGGCCACCCCACCUUCCUGUCCAGGCGGCGGCCAUGGCUUGUCGGUCGCUCCACAUUCCUGUCCAGGCAUCUCCCUUUGGUUCCUGUGCCAGCGACGAUAGGUAUUUGGCUGUCUUUACAUUCCUGUCUCGAUGGCGAUUGGCCGUGGUCGCUCCCCGCUCCUGCUUCAAUGGCGACCCAUCCUCAGCCGACGGUGACCUGUCCUCGCCCGCCCCCCGCUCCUGUCUCUGCGACUGGCCCGCGGCAGCCUCACACUCUGUCUCGACGGCGGUCAUCUCCCACUCCUGCUUCAAUGGUGACCGGCCACAAAAAAUUACAUGACAGAUGUUCUAUUAUCAAAGCACGUGCAUCUGCAGCAUGGUGAUGACAUUGCUCACUUAUUUUUUUGAAUAUUUUAUUUCAUUAUUGUAAAUAAUAUUUAUAAAACCAUGACAGCAAUCUAGUUUAAUUCAUACUGUGUAUAUCCAACUUAAAUACAUUUUUAAUAUGUCAUGCAACAUGGGAGGAGAGGCUAUAAAAUCUGAAAAGAAAAAAAAUGCACGACUUAAAAUUUCACCCUCUGUGGUGUUAACCGUUGCUACAUGAAAUUCACAUCAGCUGCCACAAACACUAUGUUGCUCCGAUUAACCACAUUUUCACAGAUAUUGAACAACCUGGGCAAGCUUAACAAGAAGAAAACAGCAAGGCUCAUCACCCCCUCAUUUCUUUUUUCUCUCCUCCAAUCUCCCCCGCUCACCUUCACUCAUCACCUCAUCUAUUUCUCCCUCGCUGUUGCUAGGCAACAGACAGGAAGGGCAUGUCUUGCAGACAAGAAAACCACAGGAAAAGACUCAUCUCCCAGAUGUUCCAUGAACGUUCCGUAGUCCCUCUGAAGAUGCAAAGAACAUGCUUUUUUCAACCUCACCAUUAACUUUGAACUACAUUAAAUGUAUAACCCCUCAAGAAACUGUUCAGUUGGUUCCACAAAUAGUUUCUGUGAAUACAGUGGUGAAUACACAAAUGAUUGUAGUUUUCCUAUUGUGGGUGCGCUUUGUAUUUUGCUGAAGUGAUUUAUUUUCACCAUAAUGGUUUCUAUAUUUGUUAUGGUUUGCAAUGUUGGUGCUGUAAACUUUACAAUGACAAUGUGCUUUUCUCUCAUUAGGAUUUACAACGACGUGUUACUAUACAAAAACUUUUUCACAGCCCUUGGGAAUUAUAAUCAAUGUUACGUUCCAGUGACAAAUGCAGGGUAAUGAUUCCACCACAAUAAAAC